UUCUCCAUUGAUGAUGAAGCAUAUCUCAUUUCACUGUGGACGUAGGUUAUCUUAUUGAGCCACAUAAAUCCUUCCAUUGUGUGACUAUUUAUUUACGAUUUUCAUUCGUUUCUUGCGCAUCGUCUUAGGUUUUAGUUUUCUAAUCUCUUUGCUCAAACUCUGUAAUCUAUAUAGCUUUAUAUUCUGAGCUAUACUAGUUGCGUAAAACAGCCAGUUUAGCCAAUUGAACUAAUAAGGAGGCAUUUAAGGGCAUCAAAAUCGUCUACAGGGCAGUGAGGUGCAAUCAACAUCCAACGGCUGGGGUGUAUGACUGGUCCCUCUCAACCGUUGGAUACUCACUACACCUCAACGACCACUACAGACAAGGACGUUGCUUGCAAACUCAAAGUUGCCAUGUAAAUUCCCCAAACACCCCCUACUUUUUUUUGGAUCCCUUGCUCGGAGAACUCUGCAGCAUAUUUUCUUUUUUUCUUCUAUAUAUAUUGACAUGUCUUGGGAAAGUGCUCUGUUUUAAGAGAGGAGGAGAUAGAGAGAGAGUGGAGAAUCAUUUCAGGAGGAAAAAGAAAAAUAGAAAAGAAAAGAAAAGGAAGAAUGGAAGAACAGGUUGAAUUGGUGGGAAAGGCAUUUGUGGAUCAUUACUACCAGCUGUUUGACACCAAUCGUGCCAAUCUCCCUUCCCUCUACCAUCCCACAUCUAUGCUGUCCUUUGAAGGUCAGAAGAUACAAGGUGUGGAAGAGAUUGCUCGUAAGCUCACCCAAUUGCCCUUCGAUCAUUGCCUCCACACCAUCUCCACCAUCGAUUCUCAGCCAUCUUCUUUACCUGGUGGUAUCAUUGUCUUUGUUAGUGGCAACCUUCAAUUGCAAGGAGAGGAACACCACUUAAGGUUCAGCCAGAUGUUUCAUUUGGUCCCAACACCAGAAGGGAGCUUCGUUGUGCAGAAUGACAUAUUCCGUCUUAAUUAUGGUUGAAAUUUUAGAUCAUUCGCAAUGUAUUUUAUCCUAUUAAAAUCUAUUAAUGGUUGUUUAAUUCCAUAAUAGUUUCAUUCAUGUGGAAAUAAACUUGAAAGUGGAGGAGUAAUGUCAAUCGAUCUGCUUUGUUGAUCACGCAAACUCAGAUUGGAUCACUCAUAUGAUGUAUCUGGUUUCGUUCUUUUCACAUCAUCUUUGAAGCUUUAAUGGGUAUUCUGGUUCAUCAUCA